AAUUCAAUAAUGCAAAAAGAGAUGCAUUAUGCUUUGGCUUACCAUAUGGAACAAUCGGUGUAAUCGGUUGGGCUUUGGCGCUUAUCACCACCGUGUUAGUAUACCUUAAUGAACGCAAAGAAAGAAGUAUUCUAUCUAAAGUUUGCCAAAUGGUUAUGACGCUAGGACCAGUCAUCUUUACUUGUCUCCGUUGUAGUGGAAGUUGGCAAUUUAUAGUAAUUUCAUUUAGCAAACUUGCCCCGUGGGCUUAUAUGAUGAUUUACGACCGUAUAAUUAUUAAAAAAGGUAUGUGGGUAUCUGGAAUAGCUGCAUCAUUAGGAUACUUGGUAUAUGCGACUUGUUUUGGAGUAUGUUGUAAAAAUUUAUGCAAAUGUUGUUUGAAAGAGCGUGGCAGUAACGCUCUGUCAACUUUCUUGAUAAUCACUUCUCCUUUCAUUCUAAUUGAUAGUAUGCUUAGUUUCUUUUAUGAUAAUCCAUCUGGACUUCCCUUUGAUACCCUGGGAAAA